CCCAGUGCCCCUAUUGUGGGACCGAUGACGUUGACAUCAACACCACAACAAGGGGGACAUGCUUGAAAGCUGUCAUGCGUUGCAAGUGUGGGAGGGAACGGUCUUGGCACAGCCAACCUUGGCUGGGGGGCCGACCACUGGGGAACUUCCUGGUCUGCUCUGCAAUUCUCUUCUCAGCUGUGAACAUCUCAAAAGCGUUUAGGAUGUUUGAGCUUAUGAAGAUGGCAACACUUACAAUGUCUCAGUACUUUCGAACGCAGAAGGAGCACCUCUUUCCUGCUGUGAAUGAUGUCUACCUCAUGAGCCAAGCAGAGAUCCUUGACCAGCUUCGGCCACUGCCCCUGACCCUUGCCGGGGAUGGCAGGUGCGACUCACCCGGCCACACUGCAUUGUAUGGCACCUACACGCUUCUGGAGACUGCAGCCAACCGUAUCGUGCACUUCGAGUUGGUUAAGUCUACUGAGGUCAGCAGCAGCAAUGCAAUGGAAGCCUAUGGUCUACAGAAAUACCUCGCCUUUCUCGAGGUACAUGACAUGACUGUGGACACCCUGGUCACUGACCGCCAUUCUGGCAUCAAAGCCAUGCUAAGGCGACUGUGCCCACACAUAAAGCACAGAUUUGAUGUGUGGCAUGUUGUCAAAGGAGUCAUGAAAAAGCUCUUGGCUCUCAGUCGCUCAACGAAACACCAAGUUGUGCAGCUCUGGAUUGAUAGCUUGACGAGACAUGCGUAUUGGUGUCCGCGUACAAGCGGGGAUGAUGGGGACCUAUGUCUUGCAAAGUGGGUGUCAGCAGUUAACCACAUUGUUGACAUCCAUGAGCACGACAACCCGUUGUACCCGAUUUGCUACCACGGCGCACUUUCUGAACCACGACAAUGGCUCAGAGAAGAAAAAGCAGUUGCAACAGAGCAAGUAGAGAUGAUCUACAACCCCUGCCCAUGCGUGCAAGAGCACCUCAUAGCUAGUGAUCAGGCAGGCAUGGGCCUGUCUGACUGCCUACCUGCUUGGCUGGAAGCCAUGGUUGGUGGGUGUUUUUGCAUCUCUCUGGCAUAAGCAAAGGUGUUAAAAAUGCGAAACUCAAAUACCAAAUACAUGAGCACAGCAGAUGCAUGGCACUAUGCCUGGAGAAUAGGGUCAAGGACUUUUAGUAUCUGAGAGAUAACUAGAUUCUUUUCUGUUGAGAAACUGUUUGUCUAUCAGUUGUGAACUUUUAUACGCACUAAGAAAUCCAGCACAUGCCCCUUUUUUAUUUCUUUUUUGCCUGUAGACAACUGCAGAUUAUCAGUUUGUCGUUCGCAGUAUAUUUGAAAUUAUCACUGCAGAAACGUAGGGGCUGUAACCUUUCAGUGUAUAUGAUGAACAUUUCAAGCACCUGACAACACACAAUUGUAGACACAGAGACGUACAGGCGAGUCCAGGACAUCCUGUUGUCACCUGUACU